GUAUAAUGCCCUAAGAAAAAGGUGGAUAUCACGAAGAAAGACACGGCCAAAAAGAAGCUGUUAAAAAUCUCUUCCUUUCCUUGUCCCUCUCCUUUACUCCUCGCAUCUAAUUCUCUUUUGUCUCCGCCUAAUAAUAAUAUUCCACCAAUUCUCGCAUUUCCUUGCCUUUGAUACGGAAAUGAUUUUAGCUAGUUAGUUUGGGUUUUUCUUUGAGGUGGGCGAUUGAAGAUGAUGAUCCCAUGGGGUGGAAUCAGUUGCUGUUUGAGCGGAGCUGCUCUCUAUUUACUUGGCAGGAGCAGCGGCAGGGAUGCGGAGGUUCUUAAGUCAGUUGCAAAAGUCAAUCAGCUGAAGGAAUUGGCAAAGUUGCUGGAUAUUGAAAGUAAAGUCUUACCACUGGUUGUUGCAAUCUCUGGAAGAGUUGGUGCUGAGUCUCCAAUAAGUUGCGAGUUUAGUGGGUUGAGAGGUGUUAUAGUAGAGGAGACGGCUGAACAACAUUUCCUCAAGCACAAUGAUGCUGGAUCCUGGAUUCAGGACUCAGCCUUAAUGCUAUCAAUGAGUAAAGAGGUCCCAUGGUACCUGGAUGACGGCACUGACCGAGUGUAUGUUGUGGGGGCCCGAGGUGCUUCUGGUUUUGUGUUGACUGUUGGAAGCGAAGUGUUUGAAGAGUCAGGACGAUCACUUGUACGAGGAACAUUAGACUAUCUCCAAGGCCUCAAGAUGCUUGGAGUUAAGCGAAUUGAAAGGGUACUUCCAACUGGUACUUCAUUGACUGUGGUUGGCGAGGCUGUCAAAGAUGAUAUUGGAACAGUUCGGAUUCAGCGUCCUCAUAAAGGACCUUUUUAUGUAUCCCCAAAGUCAAUUGAUGAACUCAUUGGGAAUUUGGGGAAGUGGGCAAGGUGGUAUAAGUACGCCUCAUUGGGUUUGACAGUUUUUGGUGCUUUCCUGAUCACCAAGCAUGUUAUACGGUAUAUCAUGGAGAGAAGGCGCCGUUGGGAAUUGCAGAGCAGGGUUCUUGCCGCUGCUAAGAGAUCAGGCCAAGAUAACGAGGGUUCAAAUGAUAAGGCUGAGAACGGUUCAGAUGGUGCCAAGAGAGAACGUCCAAUUCCAGAUCUAUGUGUGAUAUGCCUUGAGCAGGAGUACAAUGCUGUUUUUCUCCCGUGUGGUCAUAUGUGCUGUUGUAUAACAUGUUGUUCGCAAUUGAGCAACUGUCCUCUUUGUCGAAGACGGAUAGAGCAGGUAGUGAAGACUUUCCGCCAUUGAAGUAUUCCUUCCAAGAUUAAUAGCACGAGUACUAUGGGGACACUUGCAUGGUUGGGACUUGGGAGAUGAAUUCUCUGCGCAUGCAAAGAUUUCAAAGUUGUAAAAAAAAUCCUCUUCUUCACAGCAAUGUCUUCUAGUUGUAUAUUCCUUGCCAUCCGAAUGACGUGCUGCUGCUGGCAGUUUACAUGUACAUGUUUAGAAAAUGUACUCAUUCAUCCUCUGGAGAAAUUUUCAAGACAGCUGCUCGUUGGGUUAUGUAGACAAAAUCUCUUCUAGAAAGAAGAUUAACAUCCUGAUUUCCUUUGUGAUCCAACGUGAUUCUUAGCCAGUUCUGUAUACUAUGGUGUCCAAAUAUUGAACAAAUGUUUCAGUUUGUAUCA